AUGGGGCUGGGGACAGAGUUAGCUGAAGAAGUUGGUGCCUUGGCAAAGCAGUACCUGGAGAGAGGCCUCCUGGUGCCCGACCACGUCAUCACCCGCCUGAUGCUGGCGGAGCUGGAGAAGCGGCGGGAGCAGCACUGGCUGCUGGAUGGUUUCCCACGGACGCUGGGGCAAGCCGAGGCGCUGGACAGGAUCUGUGAGCUGGACCUGGUGAUCAGCUUGAACAUUCCCUUUGAGACGCUGAAGGAUCGGCUGAGCGCCCGCUGGGUGCACCCGGCCAGCGGCAGAGUCUACAACAUGGACUUCAACCCUCCCCACGUCCAGGGUGUGGAUGACCUGACGGGUGAGCCCCUGGUCCAGAGCCAGGACGACAGACCCGAGGCCGUGGCUGCCAGGCUCCGAAAAUACAAAGAUGCUGCAAAGCCAGUAAUAGAGCUCUACAAGAGCAGGGGCAUCCUUCACUCCUUCUCGGGGACAGAGACCAACAAAAUCUGGCCCUACGUCUACACCCUGCUUUCCAGCAAGAUCCCACCCCUUCUCUCAGAUGAGGAGAACUAA